CAGCAGCAGAGCUGCUCCGGUGCUGUUGCCAGGCAUGGCAGGGAGGGGGCUACAUGCAGGCAGAUGAAAACCCAGCGGUGCUGACAGAUCGGAUCAGUAACUUAUUGGAAGCAGCUCAUAGCCGAGCCUGGCACAGCCCAGGUGCAGAAGGGCCCUGGCACUCUCUGGCUGAGCCCCACCGGCCGGGGUCAUGCUCAGCAUGCCGCGGCUCCUGCAGGGAAGGUGAGCAGAAGCCCAGCACAAGCAUGUCCAUGCAGGACUGUUGCAGGAUGGAGGAGAAACUCCACGCUGGCAGCAGCAGAAACAUCUCCAAUCACAGCCUGGGGGACCUGAGCUCCUUCCUGCCCCCUGACAGCACCAAGGCUGCUCGCAUUGUCAUAGCCGUGAUCUACUCCAUCAUCUGUGCCCUGGGUGUGGUGGGCAAUGCACUGGUGCUCUUCCUGCUGGGCUCAAGGCGCCGGGGGAAGAUGUCCAGCAUGAUGUUCUUCGUGCUCAACUUGGCAGCCACUGACUUUCAGUUUGUCCUCACUUUGCCCUUCUGGGCUGUGGACAUGGCCCUGGACUUCAGCUGGCCCUUUGGCAAGCUCAUGUGCAAGCUGGUGUCCUCGGUGUCCACCAUGAACAUGUACGCCAGCGUCUUCUUCCUCACCGCCAUGAGCGUGGCCCGCUACUGCUCUGUGGUGUCCUCCCUGAAGGCCAAGCAAGGCUCUGCCUCCCGAUGCCAUGCCAAGCUGGCCAGCGCUGUCAUCUGGGUCUCUACAGCCAUUGCUACCCUGCCACAUGCCGUCUUCUCCACCACCCAUGCGGUCUCCGGGGACGAGCUCUGCCUAGUCAAGUUCCCGGAGCUGGAGGACAUUGACCCCCAGUUCUUGCUGGGCUUGUACCAGACCCAGAAGGUCCUGCUGGGCUUUGUCAUCCCUUUGGCCAUCAUCUUGGCCUCGUACAUCCUCCUCCUCCGCUUUUUGAGCCGGAUGAAGAUGAGCCGCAGCCACCCCCGCAGGAGGUCCCGGGUCACCAAGUUGGUCACUGUCGUGGUGCUCACCUUCUUCCUCUGCUGGCUCCCCAACCAGGCGCUGACGGCCUGGGGCAUCUUCAUCAAGUUCAACCUGAUGCCCUUCACCGAGGCCUUCUAUGCUGCCCAGGCCUACAUCUUCCCCAUCACCGUGUGCCUGGCUUACGCCAACAGCUGCCUCAAUCCCGUCCUCUACUGCCUGGUGAGGAGGGAGUUCCAGGAGGCGCUCAAGGGACUCUUGCACAAGGUAACCCCCUCCUUCAGCCGGCACGCUGGCCAAGCCCCCCCGGCAGCCGAGCCCGGUGCCCCCAGCUCUGCCCCCGGAGAAGGAGCCGCCUCAGCCCCUGGGCUGCACCCGUGAGACUCUAUGCAGCUCCUGACGGUUUAUCUACCCCCGGUACAUGCUGCCCACUUGCUUCUCCUCCAUGCUUGCCAGCUUCUGGAAGGGAUGCCAGGCUGGCCCUGAGCACGUGCCCAGCCCUGCACCUGGGCUUUGCCAUGGGCAUUCUCAUUGGCACUCACUCAGGGUGGCAUGCAAGUGGCUUUGCCGCCUCCUUAGCAUACAUGAGGCCAGAGCAAGCAGCGGAGCCAGCUUCCAGCCGUGCAGGCCUGGCCUUAGACAGCCCUGGGGAGCCCCAGACACCUGCUGGGUUCCUUUUCUGCCCUGCUGCCGGCCUUCAGCAAAUCCCCUCCCCAUCUUCGUGCUCCCAUCUCGCUUCUGCCUGUCUCGUCUCUUUAGUGUGAGCUCUCCAGGGCAGGGCAGCAUCUUGCUCUCUGUACGCGCAGCGCCCGGUCCGCUGGGGCAUCGAUCUCGUGGGGAACAGCUCCCGCAAUAAACA